GGGACUUUGGAGUCUCUGGAGCUUUCGUUUAUGUGGAAAUUUUGAGCCAUUUUGAGUCUCUUCGAGGCGUGGACGCUGCUAGCAAUGAGCUCCCCAAGCCGCCCAGAUGGACUGUCUGGCCGAGACCAGCCCGUGGAGCUGCUGAGCCCUGCCCGCGUGACCCACAUGCCCGGCUCGGUGGACGUGGCCUCGGCGCUGCCGCUGCAGGUGGCCCCCCCGGCCGUGCCCAUGGACCUCCGCCUGGACCACCAGUUCCCGCUGCCUGUGGCGGAGCCCGGCCUGCGGGGGCAGCAGCUGCAGCAGGAGCUCCUGGCGCUCAAGCAGAAGCAGCAGCUGCAGCGGCAAAUCCUCAUCGCCGAGUUCCAGCGGCAGCACGAGCAGCUGUCGCGGCAGCACGAGGCCCAGCUGCACGAGCACAUCAAGCAACAGCAGGAGCUACUGGCCCUGAAGCACCAGCAGGAGCUGCUGGAGCACCAACGGAAGCUGGAGCGGCACCGGCAGGAGCAGGAGCUGGAGAAGCAGCACCGGGAGCAGAAGCUGCAGCAGCUCAAGAACAAGGAGAAGGGCAAAGAGAGCGCCGUGGCCAGCACAGAGGUGAAGAUGAAGCUGCAGGAGUUCGUGCUCAACAAGAAGAAGGCCCUGGCGCACCGGAGCCUGAACCACUGUGUCUCCGGCGACCCCCGCUACUGGUACGGGAAGACGCAGCACAGCUCCCUGGACCAGGGCUCCCCGCCGCAGAGCGGGGCGUCGGCCGCCUACAACCACCCGGUGCUGGGCAUGUACGACACCAAAGACGACUUCCCUCUCAGGAAGACAGCCUCCGAGCCCAACCUGAAGCUCCGGUCCAGGCUGAAGCAGAAGGUGGCCGAGAGGCGGAGCAGCCCCCUGUUACGGAGGAAGGACGGGCCGGUGGUCAGUGCUCUGAAGAAGCGCCCGCUGGACGUCACAGACUCCGCGUGCAGCAGCGCCCCGGGCUCCGGGCCCAGCUCGCCCAACAACAGCUCCGGGAACGUCAGUGCUGAGAACGGCAUCACGCCCCCCAUGCCCAGCCUGCAGGCCGAGACCGGCCUGGCGCACAGACUGGCGGCGCGGGAAGGCUCCGGGGCGCCGCUCCCCCUCUACACCUCGCCCUCCUUGCCCAACAUCACCCUGGGUCUGCCGGCCACCGGCCCUUCCGCGGGGGCGGCCGGCCAGCAGGACGCUGAGAGGCUCGCCCUCCCCGCACUGCAGCAGCGGAUCUCCCUCUUCCCCGGCACGCACCUCGCGCCCUACCUGGGCACAGCGCCCCUGGAGCGGGACAGCGGGGCACCCCACAACCCUCUCCUGCAGCACAUGGUCUUGCUGGAGCAGCCGCCAGCCCAGACACCCCUCGUCACGGGCCUGGGCGCGCUGCCCCUGCACGCGUCCUCUCUGGUCGGGGCAGACCGGGUGUCCCCCUCCAUCCACAAGCUGCGGCAGCACCGCCCGCUGGGCCGUACACAGUCAGCGCCGCUGCCCCAGAACGCGCAGGCGCUGCAGCACCUGGUCAUCCAGCAGCAGCACCAGCAGUUCCUGGAGAAGCACAAGCAGCAGUUCCAGCAGCUGCAGAUCAGCAAGAUUAUCCCCAAGCCCAGCGAGCCGCCCCGGCAGCCCGAGAGCCACCCCGAGGAGACAGAGGAGGAGCUGCGCGAGCACCAGGCCCUGCUAGAGGGGCCCUGCCGGGACCGGCUCUCUGGGCAGAAGGGGGUGCGGGCGCUGGCCGGGGUGCAGGUGAAACAGGAGCCGGUGGAGAGCGACGAGGAGGAGGCUGAGCCCUCACGGGACAGGGAUCCAGGGCAGCGCCCACACUCCGAGCAGGAGCUGCUCUUCAGACAGCAAGCCCUCCUACUGGAGCAGCAGCGGAUCCACCAGCUGAGGAACUACCAGGCGUCCAUGGAGGCUGCCGGCAUCCCCGUGUCCUUUGGCGGCCACCGGCCCCUGUCCCGAGCACAGUCCUCCCCGGCGGCGGCCACCUUCCCCGUGUCUGUGCAGGAGCCGCCCCCGCAGCCGCGCUUCACCACAGGCCUCGUGUACGACACGCUGAUGCUGAAGCACCAGUGCGCCUGCGGGGACACCAACAGCCACCCCGAGCACGCGGGCAGGAUCCAGAGCAUCUGGUCCCGGCUGCAGGAGACCGGCCUCCGUGGCAAGUGUGAGUGUGUCCGCGGACGGAAGGCCACCCUGGAGGAGCUGCAGACGGUGCACUCGGAGGCGCACGCCCUGCUCUAUGGCACGAACCCCCUCAACAGGCAGAAACUGGACAGUAAGAAACUCCUAGGCUCGCUCACCUCCGUGUUCGUCAGGCUGCCCUGCGGCGGGGUCGGGGUGGACAGCGACACCAUAUGGAACGAGGUGCACUCGUCGGGGGCGGCCCGUCUGGCCGUGGGCUGCGUGGUGGAGCUGGUGUUCAAGGUGGCCACGGGGGAGCUAAAGAAUGGCUUCGCCGUGGUCCGCCCCCCAGGACACCACGCGGAGGAGAGCACGCCCAUGGGCUUCUGCUACUUCAACUCCGUGGCCGUGGCCGCCAAGCUUCUCCAGCAGAGGCUGAACGUGGGCAAGACCCUCAUAGUGGACUGGGACGUGCACCACGGGAACGGGACCCAACAGGCCUUCUACGGGGACCCCAGCGUGCUGUACGUGUCCCUGCACCGCUACGACGACGGCAACUUCUUCCCUGGCAGCGGGGCCCCUGAUGAGGUGGGCACGGGGCCGGGCGUGGGCUUCAACGUCAACAUGGCUUUCACCGGUGGCCUCGACCCCCCCAUGGGAGACGCAGAAUACUUGGCGGCCUUCAGGACAGUGGUCAUGCCAAUAGCCAGUGAGUUCGCCCCGGAUGUGGUGCUGGUCUCCUCGGGCUUCGACGCGGUGGAGGGCCACCCCGCGCCCCUCGGCGGCUACCACCUCUCUGCCAAGUGUUUCGGGUACCUGACGAAGCAGCUGAUGGGCCUGGCCGGCGGCCGCGUCGUGCUGGCUCUGGAGGGCGGCCACGACCUCACGGCCAUCUGCGACGCCUCAGAGGCCUGCGUCUCUGCGCUGCUGGGGGUUGAGCUGGACCCGCUCCCGGAGAAGGUGCUGCAGCAGCGCCCCAACGCCAACGCCGUCCGGUCCAUGGAGAAGGUCAUCGAGAUCCACAGCCAGUACUGGCGCUCCCUGCAGCGCUUGUCCUCCACGGUGGGCUCCGCCCUGGUCGAGGCCCAGAAGUGUGAGAACGAGGAGGCCGAGACGGUCACCGCCAUGGCCUCGCUGUCCGUGGGCGUGAAGUCUGCCGAGAAGAGAGCCGAGGAGGAGCCCAUGGAGGAGGAGCCGCCCCUGUAGCCCUCCUGGAGCGCGUUCUCUUGUCUGUCUGUCUGUCUUGAAGCUCAGCCGAGAAACGUCCUGCCGCUCUGCGUCCUGCCGGCCGUGCCGUCUCUGGACGCGGCCUCAGGGGGAGGCAGGGCAGGGCUCUGCAGACCCGGGGCGGCGCGCGGCCCCCCAGACCCGGGGCGGCGCGGGCGAGUGGACAGACGCGCGCCCGGAUGCGGGGCACCCGCGGCCUCCUGGGCAGCUGCCGGUCGCGUGGACACGAGGGAAGGAAAUCAGAGAUCUGGCGACACGAACUGACUCGACUAAAACUGGUGCUGACCGUUGAUUCUGACCCACGAUUCCAGUCUCCGCGUAAACCACUCAGCUCACCUGGUAGCUUCCCUUUUUGAAAGAGGACGUUUUCUGGGGCGCCGGCCUGGCCCGUGCACCGGGCGGCGGGGCUCGCCGCGGCGGGGGACACGCGGCCGAACAUUUAAAGAAAACUGGACCGACCCCGAGGCGGGAGCCGCGGGCGUUGCGGGGUUUCCUCGAAGCCAUCGGGAGACGCGAGUUUGUGCCUUUUUUUAUUGCUCUGAUGGAUUUUUGUGGCGGGUUUUCUGCAGCCUGAGGGACGAUGCCUUAAGAGCCGCCGGGCAGGGGAGCGGGCGCGCGUCCUGGCGGGCGG